AGUAAACACCCACCGUUGCACCUGCUGAAGGGAUUUAUGUAAUGUUUUCUCAUUUUGCUUAACAUUGUAUGUGCAGUAAUGUGUUUUAUGUGUUUUGUUGUAUAUAACUAUGAAUAAAAAAAGGAUGAUUGUUCUUUAUUAUUUUAACAUGAAAUCACAUCAGUAACUAAUGCUCUUGUUCUUACAAACUCAGCAGCAGCUCAGAUCUGUCCACAUAAACUGCAUUAUGAUUUGAUUUAUGUUUCAGUUACACAGAUCCUGAAGGUCAGUUAUUGUGCAUCAUGUUUUAUGAGGUGUAAUGUCAUCAUCUGGACAGACAGUGAUUGUGUUUUUGUUGAAUCUGAGUCGCUGUCCGUGGUGCUGAACAUCAUCUGAACACUAGAGGGUGCCGCUGGACUCUCAAUCCUCAACACUGUCAUUUCUCCUUUAUUUGUUUCACUUAGGUUUUGAUCUGCUGUGUUUGAUAUGUGUCUCCUGAUGUCCCUGUGGAGACCAGAUUCAUUGAUUCUUAACAUUUCUUGUUUUUUUUGUUGUGAUUAUUUUUUUUAUGAUUAUUUUACUUUAUUUUAUGUAAAGUAUGUUGAAUUACCAUUGUGUGUGAAAUGCGCUAUAUAAAUAAACUUCCCUUGCCUUGCCUCAAAGGAGUAAAAGGCUGAUUUAUAUAUUUGUUUCACUUAUGUAUUUAAUGUGUAAAGUAAGUCUUAAAUUUGUCUAGAUUUUAAUAUGAUGUUUGGACAAUUAUCAAAAGUGAAAACUUUACCAUAUAAAAGUUUGCCAUUUUUAUCAGUCAGAAACAUAUCCUUAUAUAGUUACCAUAGAGUUUCUACUGUUUACAUGUGUGUCCUUGAGAUGGCACUGUCCGGAGUCUGUCUGUCUGUCUGUCUCUCUCUCUCUCUCUCUCUCUCUCUCUCUCUCUCUCUCUCAGAGGAACUGGGCGUCUCUGUCACGUUCAUCUGUUCAUGUUAAACAUGUGACCAGGAAAGAAACACUAAAACUCAUCUGAACACACAUCGAGAGCUUCAGAAGAACUGAAUCUACUAACAACAGAGAAGAUCACUGAAGAAGAGAGAAGAAUGAAGAUCAUCUGGACUUUCACUCUGCUGAUGAUUCCUGGUGUGUUGAGCUCCAUCAGUGUGACAGGAUAUUCAGGAAGAGGAGUCAGCAUCACAUGCAGAUAUGAUAGACGAUAUACAGACAAUAAAAAGUAUUUUUGUAAAGGACAGUGGUCAAAGUGCACAGACCAAAUCAGGACUAAUACUAAAAAUAAACAGGUUGAUUCUGGAAGAUUCUCUCUGUAUGACGACACAAGAGCAGCAGUUUUCACGGUGACCAUCAGAGAUCUGAGAGAACAGGAUUCUGACAUUUAUUACUGUGGGACUGAUAUUUAUGCAAAAGUAGAUUCCUACACUGAAGUGAAGCUGAAAGUUGUAACAGCAGCUGAUUGUUGUGAGAAGAGCAUCAGUCUCUCAGCUGCUGCAGGAGGAUCUGUGAACAUCAGCUGCAGAUACCCACAAUCCCACAGUGCUCAUGUGAAGUUUUGUCUGCAGGAGAUCUGGAAUCUGAUCUCUGUGCUGAAGAGACCUGAAUACUGGUGUGGAGUUCAGUCUGAUCAAGGACACAAGAGCUUCAUCACACGAGUCCUCAUCAAUGUUACAGGUCAGUACUAA